AUGAAGGAAGCAUUCACCUACCCUGGGCCAAAGGUCGACGUUGUUGAUUCAUCAAUACCAACUCCGAGGGUCUAUCAGAUGAUUAUCAAGGUGGUUUACGACUUUUCAGGAGUUGUUCAUCAUGUCGGAAACAUGAAGCCGAAAUUAAAGUUGGCGAUCGAGUCCGUGUAUAAACAAACACUGGGCUUACGGGGAGGCUGGGCCGAAUAUGCCAUCGCAUACGAGAGCAUGGCAUUCUACUUAGCGGACCAUAUUUCAUUCGAAGAGCUCGCAACAAUACCACUGGCGGUUAUAGCGUCAUGCUUGGGAAUAGAUAAACCGCUGCCAUUUCUUAUUUACGGUGCCGCAUCUGCAGUGGGCGCCUACGCAUUGAAACUGGCAGUGGUGUCAAAUAUUCUUCCCGUUAUUACAGUUGCUGGCCGGGGACCAGACUUUUCUCGUGGCGAUAUCCUUAUUGACUAUCGCCAAGGAAAUGACACAGUGGUCGAAGCGAUAAAGGCAGCUCUGGGAGGCCAGAAAUUCGAAUUUCCUUUUGAUGCCACAGUGAUGAGAAAUAUGGCUGUUGUGUUGGAGGUUCCAGCCGAUGAGAUUUCAGAGGACAUUCCACGAAUCAUUACAGCCGUCGAGAUGACCCAAUGUGAGCUUGGUAAAGAAGCACUUCUCAAGUCUGAUUCUAAGAGUACAUGGCUAGGAAUACUUCAUUUUAUAGCUGUUAUGUUGAAAUCUACCAGAAGAGGGUUGAACGAAGGCUGGCUCAGCGCGCAUCCACACGAAGUUGUGCCCGGCGGACUAUACGGAUUAGAAAGCACGCUCCAGCGACUCAAGAGCGGAUCGGUCAAUGCAAGGAAGCUCGUGGUUCGAAUCUCGGAUACCACCGGCGUGGAGCAAUGAACUUGAUAGUUUGAUGGUUAGCAUUUAC